GAUUUGACCGUGUAUAUAUAUCAACGAUUGAAACCAGUUACGUGAUACGUAGAAAAGUUUCGGUCGCGUUAUUCGCCAAAAUAUGGAACAAUUCAUUCGUGAAAUUCAGGCUUAUUCGCCGCACCAGGAAGACGGAGAUGUCAUGGACAUGGGGAGCCCACCGAAGAUACUCAAAAUGUCACUCUAUACAAGUGGCAGCCCUGAAAUAUCAGAGGGAACAACAAAGCAUUCUAGUUUGGAAACAGCCACCUUAGAUCUCCCUACUGCAACAAGAAGUAUUCAGUUAAGCGAUACACCAAAGAGUUCUCCCAGUAGGGUAUCGACUAUAUCGCCGUCUGAAGAUCUGAAUAAUGAAGAAAGAAAACAUUAUAACAGAGCGUUAAAAGAACUUUAUAAAAUAGUCCAGCUGAGUAGCAAGAAAUUAGAAAUCUCCGAACAUCAGUUGAAGAAGAGAUUGAAAUCCUUGAAAACAACUGAAUUGGACCUGAGUGGAGAUAUUGAAGACACUUUAGUCGACAAUGAAGACGACAGUGAAACCAUGCAAUACGAGAGUGAUAUCCAAUUGACAGGAAUCUCACCCAGACUUAUUGAGAUGUACGGUAGCAAACAUCGUCGGAGGAAAAUUGAAGAUGAUUUUAGUGAUGAUCAUAGUGGUAGACUAAAAAGGAAUAACAUUGACAGAGAUGAACCUAAAGUACCAGUACAAGAGAUACAUGCAGAGUUGAUGAAUAUCCAUAAAAAGUUACAAAGAGAAAGUGCUGUCUUGCGUGAACGAGAACUACAGUUAGACGAACGGGAACAGGCUCUUGAAGAGUUAGAACAAUCUAGUAAAACAGAACAAGCUUUAAUGUUGAAAAAUGCACAACAAGAAGUCAAUAGACGAUGGAUGAUAUUAGAAGAGGAGCAUAAAGCCGAGAUUGAACACAUGGAAGAAGUAUUGAAAAAUAAAAUUCGAGAGUCGAAACGAGUGACAAGUAAUUUUGAUAUUGUGAAAAAAUCAAAUGAUUCUUUAAGGAAGCAAGUUGCAGAUCUGCAGGAACAAAACAAGAAACUUGAAAGCCAAGCAAGUAGUGCUAACAGCAGAUUGUUAAAUCUACAACGGAAACAUGAAUUCUCUGAUAGAAACAGAGACAUUGAAAAUAUUCCACUUGUAAAACCUAGGAAACAGGAUAAGGACACUCUGAGUGAUUCUGGUAAAUCAACAACUGGUAAACAGCCAAAGUACCCGAAUGCAGCGUAUGACGUACUUGCUAUCUUACUAGAGUGGGUCAGUGAAGUUCAUCUCAGACGUGUAUCUACCGAUUUGACAAAAUCAUUAGACGCACUGCCAGCUGAUAUAGCAGUCACUCAGGAAAGAUGUCUCAAAAUACUUCCACCACUAGUUGAGAUACUACAUUGUCUACCAGCAUCACAUACAAAGAUUCAUCUACCAUGUCUACAAUAUAUAUACUGGUCUAUAUUAUCAUUGGAACACGUACAGGGAACACAGAAAACUGCCAUGUCAUCAACUUACCGGCACCUCGGUGAAGAACUUUACAAACCAACUCUUGUUAAAUUUGUAGAAGUUGAAAGGAGUCCCGGGGGUAGUGUGAAGACAGUCACACAGCCAGAGAAGAGUAAAACAGGAUUAUUUUUCAAUAGUAGUAUUUUACAUAUAAGAUUGCUGUCUUCAUUAAUUAUACUCAAGACAUUAACGCAAGUUGACUACCUAGCACACGUAUUUGAUGUCUUGAAGAAUGAUCUGAAAAAUGACACAACUAAGGAGUUGUUCACCCACUACCAAGGUACAGCAGUGAUUUUGCCAUAUAUGAAAGGCACCAACAAAGCAUUGGUUGGAAACGUUGUAGAUUCCUUCCUCCAGAUGUCUAUGGAAUCAGUUAUUUUGCCGCAGUUUCUUGAAAGCUGCAGCACUGAAAUAUGGUUUAGGACAUGCUCUCUGUUGUUGAAAACUCCAAAUUUGAAUAUCAAAAUGCUGGAAAAACUCAGUAUUAUUCUGCAGAAACUCUCCAAGUUAAAAGUCAACAAACGAUACUUUGAAGUUUAUUCUCUAAACAACAUAAUCCAGGAAAUGCAGAGAACCAUCGGUCCAGACAAUCCUUUCCUUUCUCUUAAUCUCAAAUCCAUUCUAUUUAAUUUGGGAAUGGCAAAGACUCUCACUUCAGUGUCAUAGUUCAAAUGUCAUAGUUCAAAUUAUGUACAGUACAAUCAUACAAGUUUCCAAAGCUUAAAUAUAUUUUGAUUUUAGGGAAUUUCGGAAACAGUCAGUUAUAGACACCUUAAUUGUCCAUUAGAGAUAUCGCCAAGGGUAAAUUAAAAAGGGCCUGCAAUUUCUAUACUGAUACCAAUACUGUGUGAUGAGAUCUCACUACAUAUGAAAAAAAAAUCAAUUUAGCCCAGCAUUUAUAAUCGCAACUAUUGAAAUGCGAAAUUACAUUUUGUUAUAAUCAAAGUAAAAAAAUUGUACUCCGUUUUGUGAAAAGCAAUAAAAACAACAAACAGUGAUAUCACGAUUUCA